AAUCCGCGUCAGCGAGCUGUCAUCGCUUCUUUCACCGAACCUUCUUUUCGAUUGUUCCUUCCAUAUUGAACGAUCAGCCGCGUGUUGUACUCUGAUCAAAUAAGCAAAAAUGGCACUGCGUCCAGCCUACAAACCCAAGAUCGUCAAGAAGCGGACGAAGAAGUUCAUCCGCCACCAGUCAGAUCGCUAUGACAAACUUGCCCCCAACUGGCGCAAGCCGAAAGGUAUUGACAACCGAGUGCGUCGUCGCUUCAAGGGCCAGUACCUGAUGCCCAACAUCGGCUACGGAUCGAACAAGCGCACCCGUCAUAUGCUGCCCAAUGGCUUCAAGAAGUUCCUGGUCCACAACGUCCGCGAACUGGAGGUGCUGAUGAUGCAGAACCGUAUCUACUGUGCCGAGAUUGGCCACGCCGUGUCGGCCAAGAAGCGCAAGCUGAUCGUCGAACGUGCGAAGCAGCUGGCCAUCGCCGUGACGAACCCGAACGGUCGUCUGCGCUCGCAGGAAAACGAGUAAGCUCUGGGUUGGGUUUUACCAAGUGGAGUUUGUUUGUUUAUUUCUAUUGGCGCGUGCAGAGAGGGUGGGUUGUAAGAGCUCUCCUUACACAACAACGGUACACAUACGCUGGAAUUUGUAUGUAAACUUCUUUAAUAAGCGAGGAAUAUAAGAUACAACAAAAAAACGCUAUCGGAC